ACCUGCCGACCAACGCUGUCCUUUAACAAGCCAGUCAUCAUCAUUGUAGAGGGGGCUGCGGAGGUAGGAGGGAACGAUCGGCGCAGAUUUGAAACCCCGGUGGAGCCCGUGGAGCACGAACAGGGAGCAGACGGCUUGUUUCUGUAUCGAUAGAUGACAGCAGAGACACACCAUCGGAAACCUCGCCGUCCUCUCGGACAUGGGACAUUUGUUGGCUCGGAUCGCUCUGCAUCGCCAUGAAGCCUGUCUCAUUUGCUUUCGAUCACCUGCAGCCUGCGCUUCGGACCGUCUGAAUUGAACUUCAGGCUUUAAAGGUACUGAUCUUCUGAGACUCACAGUCCUGCUAUUUCCACCUGGACCUGAUGGUAUGAGAGGCUGCAGGAGGCGGUGAUGGAGCUCCAGGAGUUAGGCUGGCUGUGUCUGGUGGCUCUCUUCCUUGCCUCCCUGCUGAUUGUGCUGGGAUGGCUGUUCCAGUACUCGCUGACUGUGGUGCGCCUGUGGAGAGCCAGGAAGGCUGCAAAGCAGAGCAGAAGAGAAGCAACCUGGCAGCAGAUCCACCAGAGCCGGGCUGGAGGCGUGUGGGGCUUCCUGUUGAAGCUCCGCUCAGGCCGAGACGGAGGACCCACGUCUGAGGCCGGGGUGAAAGGCCUCCUGUCCUCUCUCUUCGCCUUCAAGUCCUUCCGGGAGCACUGGCAGAGGACCUGGGUCAAGGCUCUGAACGAGCAAGCCUGCAGACACGGGAGCUCCCUCCAGAUAACAUUUGACAGCAGUCUCCAGUUAACCGCUGCCUCUACAAUAAAUAGCGUGUCCUGCACUGACCAGUCAGCAAGCCGAAUGGUCUUACACUGUAAAUGCUGGGUAGACACGGUGACAUUUCCUGUGACAGUCACCCAGCAGUCACCUGCUGCCGUUUCCAUGGACACCUAUCAGAUCACUAUUGCACCUAUGGUGGCAAAGGUGGUGGUGAGCCUGGAGGAGGUGGAGGAUGAAGGUCUGCUGAUAUCCUGGACUCUUUCCAAGCAGCCAUCAUUUAUUCUGACAGUGUCUCCAUGCAAGCUGCAGAGACCGGGCGCUGCAGAUGAGGCAGACCUUGACGUGAUUAAGGGACUGAUAGAGGAUACUCUUUUCAGCACUCAGCCAGCCAUGGUCCUCAACCUCAAGUCAUGUGGCUCCAGUCCUUUGGCCCCCAUGGACCAUCUCACAGUGGGAUUGAACUCUGCAUCCCAGAGCGUCUUGGUGAGACGAGUGCUCCUCCGGCAGCUCAGGGCAACCUUAAGUAAAGGGCAGUGGUCUAGAUCAGGGGAGCUGUGCUGUGUCCUGACCCUGGACCAACCCUCUAUGGAGAGGACAACCCGCUUCCUGUCUGUGCCGGGCAACCCCAGUGCUGCCCUCGAAUGGAGUGAAGACAUUACUCUGGAGCUGGGCCCAGACACCAAAGAGCUCAGAGUAAGACUUCUGGAGAGGAACGGCAAAAGGGAACAAUUCCUGCCUGGUCAUGCCUCCAUUGCCUUGGAUCUCCAGUGCAAAGUUCCCACUGGACAGCAUAUAUGGUCCAUAAGCCCUGGCCACGGCUUGGCACCAAACGCUACCAUCACAGCUGAGCUGCUGUAUCUGGAAACAGAGGAGCCUCGCAGUGCACACAAUGCUUUUCCACUUCGUUCCUUGCUCACCCCUACAAAGAAAGUGGAUGUGGACCGAACCAUCAUGCCAGAUGGAACCAUUGUCACCACAGUCACAACCAUCCAAUCUCGACUUAAACUGGACCGCAGUCCAGGCGAUUCUCCUUUGAGUUCCCCGUCCAAAGUGGAGUUGACUGAGAAGAAACCCACCGUCCUGUCGGAUGGCCGAGGCAGCAGCAGCCCCACCCUGAGCAAGAGCAGCCACCUCUCUAAUGGCCUGGAUCCUGUUGCAGAGACGGCCAUUCGGCAGCUGACAGAGUCUGCAUCCAAAGUAGCACGGAAGACACCAACAAAAAGAAGCACACUAAUCAUCUCGGGUGUAUCAAAGGUUCCGCUCUCAGAGGAGAACUGUGCAUUAUCAAGCGGCUAUGCUGCAGCCAUGGACGCAGCCAUGCACGGAAACCAUUACGGGGCAGAACAUCACCAGGAACCAGAUGAAACCACACCCUCUGAUGUGUCGGAGCGUCCAUCAGUGGAUGACGUGGAAUCAGAUACUGGUUCCACUGGUGCUUUGGAAACCCGCAGCCUCAAGGACCAUAAAGUGGGCUUCCUGCAGAGUGGGACCAAGCUGUUGUUCCGCAGAAGACAUCGAGAAAAGGAGUCCUGCCUCAGCCAGUCCCAUGAAGACAUCUCCAACAUGGGCAAUAACUUUGCCACUGCUGCCAGCAGCAAGCGCAAAAAGGCCGGCAGCUUCUCCCGUCGUCUCAUCAAGCGCUUCUCUUUCCGCUCAUCAGGCAAAUCAAAAGGCAAGCCUGCUACUAACGGUGGAGCCAGCUCACUGGAUAACUGAUUAUCGUUCCUAGGGUUAUCUGACUUAUUUUAAGGCCUCCAUUAUCACUGGCAGAAGAACAACUAAACUCGAGUCAGGCCGAACAACCCCUGGUGGGUGGUCACCUGUACAUCCUAAAAGGAGGCCUCUUCUCUUGAGAGGAAUUAUCGCACCUUCAGGACAGAAGUCAUGUUUAAUAACUGAAAUCUAAAAUGUGAUGAAGAAAUCUAUUUGAAAAUCUGCUGCUGGGGAAGAAAAAGGGGAAUUGCUACAAGUGUUGAACACAAAACUGUCUUGGUGGAAAUGCUCUUUGACUAUUUAUUGCUCUAAAAUGCCAGUAUGAAACUAGAGGUUGCACUUUGGACUUCACUGUUUUUUGUUCUGUUUUGUUUUUCAAAGGCAGCACAUGUAAACUUUAUUGGUUUUAAAAAGGAUAUUUGUUAUUAUGUGGAACUCAUGAUAAGUGCUAUUUAUUUUACCAUCCAAAGCUAGUCAUUAUAGUUGCUCUGUAAAAUAGAGACUUUGCAGUGUAUUUGCCAUGCAUAUGUAAUUUUUAAUGCAUAAUUUAAGUAAGUUAUCAAAAGAGACGUCUUAAUCUAACUGUAAUUCAUCAUACAUUGCUAAUACAUUGGUUUUAGAAUGUUGUUUAAUGUUUUAUCAUAUACAAAAAAGCAAAAGAAAAGUAUUUAUUGUACUUUUAUUUCAUAAAGGUACUUCCUGUAAUAUACCAUAACUGAAAAUUGAAUCAGCCAGGGUUAGGGUUUUGAUGCCAGGCAAAGAAUUUAAACCUAAAUUCUAAUAAUACUGAUGACUGAACAUGAUCAGGUACUUCUCACCUUGUGGCUUAAGUUGACCCCAGUUGAAGCCACAAGGGACUUUCAUUGUUCUAAUACUGUCAAAAGAGAUUAAACAUUUGUUUUGCAGGAAAAGCUGAUCAGCUCAUAAUCAUAAAUAGCAAAACCUACAAUGUGUUAACAUGUAAGAGCAUUAUUAUAACGUAAUAUUUUUAAAUACAUUUAAGUUUCUGGAGUGACAGUACUGCCAUAUUUCUGCAGUUCAGACUGGAAAAAGUCAAACUUGUCUGGUAGAAGUGUUGAGAGAAGGUGAGGGCGAAGUUAUGGAUAGAGAGGACGUACCAUACUCAGGGCUUGAAAUUAAUUAGCUAUUAGCAACUAGAGAUAUGAGAAUAACCACAUCAUUCAAAGGCAAAUAGACACAGUAUGUAAAAAUGUACAUACCUUUUGACCAUUUGCGUUUUGUCUCAGACUAUGAAAAAAUGUUUGUAACCAACUGCAUUAACUAUGGGGCUUCACAGUAAUCAAAAUCAAUGGUUAUAUUUCCUUCCUUACUUUUUUUUAGUGUGUUUAUUUAUUGUUUUUUGAUCAAUUAAAACACUAAAAGGGAUCACCACGGCAGAGCCACUGCUGUCAAAAUCUCAUGAACAAUGUGCUUUACAAAACUACAACAAAUUUAAAAUGCUGAAGAAACGAACAGAAGUCACUUCUGUUUAAAUAAGAUGUAUGUGGCCAUAAUGUAAAGCAGAAAAAAGUGGUUGCAAUAGUUUGAUGUAUGAUUUCUGUUGUUAUAUUUGAAAUAUUUAAUUUAUUGCAAAUAAAUUAUUUUUGAAGCAUCA